AUGCGAAGAUCUGCUCUGGACGAGACCUGGAGUCGCAUCCUGGAUGUGCACGGUCGAAUCAAGUGCGACGAAGAAAGACCUUCUUGUCUGGCGUGCUCCACCAGAGGAUACGAUUGCCCGGGAUACCGCAAGCUUGUCAAAUGGUCAGUGAAGCAUGAAGUCCGCGAGUGGAAUUCUUCUGCGCAGGGCAUGCAUUCGGCGGCCAAUGGCUCGGAAACUCGUCCCUGUCUGAGCUGGUUCCUGGAGCCCGCAGAACGACUGCGUAACGUUUUGCAAACCCAUCCUGAGCACGUACCGAACCACACAUCAUCUAAUGGAAACUCCCCUGCUCUCUACGUUCAUGCAGAGUGCUCAUCUCCGGGCAAGCUAUACGGUCAUGAUUCCGAGGGACCACGUCGCCCAUUGAACAGCCAAGUUCCCGGAGGCCACGAUCCCCACAACCAGUUCAGCGUAGGUGAUUAUACGUAUGCCUUGGACAAUUCUUGGAUGGACGAAGUUUUAGAAUUCACCCCACGUUGCAUUUACUGGACAAAAGGGGAUAUGCGAAGAGGCACGGAAAUUGAGUUGCCUGAUCCCUGCCCUCUAGCGGAUACCUGCACGAUACUACGGGGAUAUUAUUUCUAUCACACAUGUCGUAUCCUCUCCGGGUUUGACUCGCAUAUAAACCCUUUACGCGAGUGGGUUUCCAAGCUCUCAGCACAGAAUGACGUGGUCCAUUCCUGCGUGCUGGCAAUAUCGGCCGCUCAUAUCUCGCAGCAGGAGCGCGGAACCAAGACACUGGCAUUGAGCUAUCACACGCGCGCACUAUCGAGCCUCGCAGCCGGGGUUGCCGGUUUAGAUGGUACGCUGCUCGGGUCUACUGCAGCGGACACUGAGAGGAAGUCAGUCGCAUGCAGGAAUGAAUCCUUGACUGCAUUGCUCUUUGGGAUCAUCAUAAUUGGCAUGACCGCGUCUUGGCACGAUUCCUCCUCGCUUGGUAUCCAACACCUCAAAGCGGCACGGGCGAUCUUCCAAGCAUUAUACUCGUACCCAGGCGUAUCCCUCGCAGUCUACACAAGCGGGCAGGGUGUCCUUCACGACUCUUCCAUUCCACGCCUUUCAUUUCCCGUUCACGCUGCCGCCGCCGCUGCCACUCUGCAGCAUUUCUUCGUCGGCGCGUUGGCCUACUGGGAAGCCCUGACAUCGUUCGUCGUGGAUCAAGAAGACCUCGAGGUCGCCGAGUACCUAUUGUCCCCUCAACUGCGUGUGAGUCACCAGGCUGCAAAUCGAAGGAUGCCAAACGACACCCAUCCGUGGAGCGGGAUCUCGACAGAGCUUUUCAUCUGCCUGUCAAAAGUCGGUGCGAUCGCCAGACAACUCCAUUAUCUCCGAAGAAAUCGGCCAUCCUGUACAGCAGCAGACGGGGGAGGUUCAACUGCAACCCAGCUUCACGCGCGGCACAACGCCCUGCGGCUAUGUACAGGACGACUCAAAGCAUUGGUAUCGCAGUACCGGGUUCCACCUCCUGAGGCUGUGCGGGAGACUGGCGACGCACUUGCGCCCGUCGAUCAUUUCCGCACCCUGGCGAGGGUGUACCAGCUUUCGGCGCUGUUGGAGCUCUAUCGGAUGUUCCCCGAGCUGGAGCAGCAAGAUCAAUCUGCAUCUCGAGCGUGGCUACCUCCGCAUGAGGUUGCUUUAGAGGAAAUGAGCGAGGUAGAUCAUUGGCGAAGGCAAUUGAAUGCGCGGGCCAUGGAUAUUCUGUCGCUGAUCGCGUCCAUCCCCAAGACCUCGAGCACGCGGGCAACCCAGAUGCUGGCUCUCGUGAUUGCUGGGAGCACACUGCAGCCUUUGCCGGUCAAUGAUGGCGCGGACCUUUUGUCGGGGAGAGCAAGUGGGGGUGGUGGAGGAGAAUAUACGCCACCGUCUUACGCUACUCCGACUACCACUAUUACCACUACACAAGCGGAGAUCCGACAUUGGCGAACAUUUGUGGCCGAUCGGCUGCAGAAUCUAGCUUGUUACGUCAGCUUGACGACCGUGCAACAGGCAGCCAGGAUCGUGGAGCAAUCUUGGGCUCGAGCGGACAGUCAGGCGGCCGGAGGAUUGGUCGGGAACGGGGCGCGAGUCAUGUCUCAGCAGAAUCUGGUUUACAGCAACGGACAGGCUAUCCGCUACAAGCCCGUCGGCGGCCCCAACUCCAACACGUCGGAGAGCGUCGGAACGAUCAAGGGUGUGUUGACCGAGCCCGGUAUGCAAGCAGACCGAAACGUCGAUGCCAGCGAGGAGAACCCCCGCUAUGAGGUCGAGAACCAGAACACGGGCAAGUUGACCAGCAUCUACGAGAAGAACAUUUUGGGCAGUGCGUGAGAUAAUAAAUCAACAU